UGCUAAUGCAUAGGCCACCCCCGGCCUGAAGUUUAAUACUCCGACCGACUGACUGCCAGUCAACCCAAGAAACUUGACCACAUCAUCCAUCCAAGCACAUCGCGGCUUCUAUUGUAAACAAGGCCGCCUUUCUUCGAGACACGAUGGAUUCCCUCGAUCUUAAUGUCCAUUCGGCUAUCUUGACCUCCCUGGCCCAGUGCUAUGCUACAUCUUCAGCAAACGAGGAACCUGUUGCCAUACUCGCCAAGCUAUCCGCGCUCAGUCUGAGUGAUGGGACAAGCAAGAGUUCUGAACCCAGUGACCAUUCAAAUCAACCAGAAACCUCUAACUCGACAUCAUCCGUAGAAAUCAAAAUCACCGAUUCUCAGGCUCACUAUAUAAUUGCUUAUGCUGCUUACAUUUCCCAAUCAGCUGUCUCUCGGGUCUCGGUUUCUUCAGCCGAAAUUCAACAAUUAUGCGAUAUGAUCCGGAAUCUGGUUCACUGGUCUAUUGAACUGAAUAUUAGCACUGAGAAUGCAGCAGAAUGGCCUAUCAUCGACGAAAUCACGUAUCGCUUGGUAUUGGCCAUGUUGGAGAUCGGCUUACUUUCUGAGCCUGUGGACAGAGAGAAACUAGUCGGUGCAUUAGGUGCUUUCAUUACUGAACUUGGGUCUGGGCUAUUCAACGGAUCGCCAAUUCGAAUCGUAACCCACUUCCUUCCAUGUCUCUCUGGCUUGAGGCGCGCCCUUGGUUCAGGUUUUUUUCCCUUCACCACAGCUCACCUCAAUCAACUCUUCUCGUCCACCGCCAAUUCUCAUAUCUUUUCCCUUUCUGCUCCAUCGAAGGAGCAUGUCGAAUCGGCUCUCGCGGCUUCCUCAGAAAGUAACCUAACCGAUUAUCAUCGUCAUCAAAUCGAUCAUUUCAAGGCUAGAUAUUUCAUCAUUGGUUUUCCGCUUUCGCCAAGCUUGAUCGUUUUUGCUGGAUUGCAGCAAUAUCGGAACUGUCUUGAGCAGUGUCUUGUUUCUGUUGAUCUGACAUCAUCGAAUGAGAUUUCGGAAACAGAUCCCAACGAUGGGGGAUGGGCUCAUCUCAAACAAUCGGCUAGUGCGAAAACGGGGAUCGGCUUUAGCUCAGAUACAAUUCACGAUAUCAAUUCCAAAAUGACCGUUCUGUUUGAAGAGUAUUACGGUAUCCAUCAACAAGAAUUAGAAACUGGAAGUCCUGACGAUUACACUAUCAAGAUCAUUUGCGAAAUCAUCAAGCUUUCCUGUGUUUGUGCCGUCAUCCUGGACAAUGUUUCAGAUCAAGUGUUUGAUCAAAUGUUGAUGUUACAUACUGAAGAAGCAAUCAUCAUUCACCCCGCCGUUCAAAUUGCGGCCUCGGAGUCGCUCAUCGUCUUAGCGCGUAACUUUCCAGACUUGCUCGACAAAAUCACCGAAACCUUGCGCACCUAUGUUUCAUCCACAAUCCCCCCGCCCGAAAUCGAUACAAACCAUAUUGAUGAAGCUUGUCCCUCGUUGCUUGCCGCUGCACAUGCCUUGGCCGUCUGUCUGGAGCUUAAAAAUUCACCUGACUUCACUCAAGCUACGAUUUACGCCCUCGUUAAUCACGUCAAUACGACGCAGGCCGAUCUAACCUUGCACAGGACUCACGAUGUGCAGAAAACACCACCCCUUCAGACUCCGGCUAAAGAGCGGGCAGAAUCCAUUUCCCUUGAAAAUCAAGGGCUUGUGUCAAUCAACGCCCUCAGUACAUUGUUGAUUCUGUUAGAAAAAGUUGAUCAAGACGAUUUGAAUUCAACCAUUGCACCAAUGCUCCUGCUCUGUCAGAAAGGUACUAACUCAUACUUGGAAGCCGCCAUCCUAAACAUUGUAGCUGAUUUGGCUGUUGAUGUCAGCCAGCAGACGUUUGAAGAUGUGAUUUCUACUUUCACAUCUCUCACAAAAACCGCUACUCUGGAACUCACGACGAACGAUUCCAAAGACGUCUUUCAGCUUGGAAUCUUCCGUGCGCAGGCAAAGCUCUCUAAGAACUUAUGUGAACAAGAAAAUUUCAGCGAGAUUUAUUUGAUGGAGCUGUUGAGGUUGUUUAUCGACAAAGGGCAAGCGAUUCAGAGUGCCCACACUGCUCUACCCAGCUUUCCACAUCUCAUCAACCAUCUUGGUGUGCUAGUACCUCUCAUAGCAAAUUUAUUACACCCCGACGGUAGUUAUAAUCCAAGGAAGACCAGUUCAUUGAAACUGUCUGAGUUGUUCCGGAAUUUUUGGUAUGUUUGUGUCCUGUUCGGCUUCCUCUCGUCGACCAGCCCUCCCAGGACAACAGCCGGCAACGCAUCAGUACCUCCGGACUGGCUGAUCGAAAGUCUCCGACAAAUCGCUACAAAAUCACCCACAUUGACUCACUUGACUUCAAUAAAUUACGUGACUACCGAGCUUGAUUACAAUCCGAUUCUGAAAUUUCCUGAUCCGCCGGUAUCCACAACACCAUCCAAGUCGAAGCAGAACCAUGCCCAUGUUCCAAGCCCUCACCAGAUAGCGCUCGAUCAAGCUAAGAAGCAGGAGCUGGCCAGUUUAAUUCCCACUCAUUCCGGCCAGAUCAAAAGUUUAAAUUUUAUACAGACGAUCUUCCUUCUGACCACUGCUCGGCUUGAAAUCUUCCGGGCUGAAGACUGCAGAGCUUACAACAUAUUAGAAUAUUUCAAUCAUGUUAGUCCCGAUGAAGUUGAUGUCCACAACCUAUUUGGAUGCCUGGUCACAAUAUCUGAAAAAGUUCUUGGUGCAUUUAUUAGUUCAUUCCAGCAACAUGCCAUCAGACAUGCGGAAGUCCCACACGUCCAUGAUCAAAUCCCUGAAGUCUUGAAGUUUACCUGUCAUCCUACGACCCGAAUUCGGGUAAUUGCCUUGAGAUACUGUCAAGACAUGAUCAUUGCAUUUCCUACUCUAGUUUGUGACUUUGAUACGGUACUCACCAUGCUUGAGUUGAUCACUUUGCUAAGAAUUUCGUGCGAAGGCGAAUACGAAGAUGAGUAUUCUCCUAAAUACGAAUUUUACUCGGAGAGGGCAGAUUUAACAAUCGAGUUAAUAGACGAUUACGCUGUCCGUCAGCAAAUUUUGAACGAUCUCUGUCGAUCUGUCAAGAACUGGUUAUCGAUCGCAUUGGCCCGUGCACCGUUGGAAAUGAAAAGUAUAUUUUUGAGAUACUUGGAUGCUGUUACGUCUCCUAUCUCUAUGAAUCCGAUAGGUAACAUUGAGAUGGGAAAGUCGAUCGCACUGGAAAUGGCGAAAAUGAUACCAUCCAAUUCGCAGUUGUCUUAUUUGCCCUCAUGGGGAAACUGGGCUCCCGAUUUAUCGAACGAUCUCGCGCGGUCAUUUUCAAAUAGGAUGUUCUACAAUGGCCAAGCCAUCCAUCUUUCUUCGCUUCCGGAAAACGAAUGUCAGGCCCGCUUGGAGGAAUGCCGAGCUGAAUUGAAACAAAUUAUGAGACAACUCACCACUGGCGGGAAGAAGACGUCGAUAACUCAGUUGUCAAGUGCUUUAUACCGAGCCGGUUCACAUGUGAUCGCCAGUCCCAAGCCGGAUCUCGAACUUUUACAGCGCUUGGUCUCGCUUCCUAUCAGAAUGUUUACGCCCUUAUCAGUCUCACUAGGUCUGGAAGUGUGGACUUGGCUGAUUGAUGUGAAGCCUGAAGUAGAAACCAAGCUGAUAACCGAGGUGAUGACCAUGUGGAACUGGACGCACCGUCGACGAAAAGGACUGUUUUCUAACUCCUUAGAUUCAACCAACCCACUGAAUCAAAGCAUUCAAUUCAAUCCGACCGAUCGAGACGAGAUGCACCACCAUCUCAAUUCGAUCAAAAGGAUGCUCAAGCCCCAUAGUAUUUUACUUGACUUUCUUUCGAGUAGAUUCCAAGCAGCCCGUUAUCAAAACCGCAACUUGGUGAUGGCCACCAUGAGAUUCUUGCGGGAAUCCUUCGAAAACGUUUCCGAUUGGUGCAAACAUCCCUUGAGCAGAGAGUUGAGGAUUCGAUUGCUAAUCUUUGGUUUUAGCAUAUGCCAGGGGAGUCGAAUGGAAGACAAUGUGGAACAUCUCUUGCGGGAUUUAUGCUAUCAUGCUUCGUUUGAUUGGUUCAGCUUGACUAGCAGCUUCGGCUUUGGAUCCAAUCGAUUACAACAUGAAUCAGAACUCCGGCUGCUCCAAGAAUUAUUGGAGAUGGUGAAGGUUGACAUACCCGUGAACGCUUAUCAUCUUUCUAGUAUAGAGUCAAACACCAAUCUUCGUUUACUCCCAGGCCGUUUGACUCCCUCGGCAGCAUCACUGGCUCACACUGAUCGAAACCGACUACUCCAACUUUUUUUGGAAAACGAGAUUAUACGGUUAAUGGUUUGGCAUAACCCAUUGAACGAUCCGAAGAAGGGAAAGGAUAUUGAAGCAAAUUUAUCAAAGUUGAAGGGAGAAGCGGAAGUCAAACUGAUGGUUCAAACGGCGUGGUCCAUCAAUCCACAUCUGGCGCUGAGGUUGGCCGAACGAUUCAAAAAUGUUUAUAUCGAAGACGAGACCCGCUCUCUGGUUAGAAGGUAUCCACACCAAGCUCGCAAGGUUCCGGAAGCUUUGGAUUACUUCGCUCAGCCAUUUGACCCUGCAAUAAUUCCCAAUUUACAUCAAAUCUUAUACUGGAAGAAAACUCCGGUCAUGACUGCACUGACCUACUUUUUACCGCAAUACGACAACGAUCCUAUCUUGUUGCAAUAUGCCAUGAGGGUCCUCGAAGAGCACCCAGUCGAUGUCACGUUCUUUUACAUCCCACAAGUCGUCCAGGCCCUACGCACAGAUACUCUAGGAUAUGUCGAGCGGUUUAUUUGCGAGACGGCUCAGGUUUCCCAGCUCUUCUGCCAUCAGAUUAUCUGGAACAUGAAAGCAAACACUUACAAAGGAGAUGAUGCGACUGAGGCCGAUUCUUUAAAACCAACCUUGGAUAGGAUCAUGGAAUCAAUCAUCAGCUCUUUGUCAGGCGAGGCCAAAACGUUUUAUGAAACUGAAUUCACAUUUUUUGAUGAAGUGACCAGUAUUUCAAAAACUUUGAAGGAUUAUCUCAAGAAGGAUAAAGCUGAAAAAAAAGCAAAGAUCGCUGAGGAGUUGGCCAAAAUCAAGUUGCCUAAGGGGGUUUAUUUACCUAGUAAUCCUGAUGGCACGGUGGUCGAUAUCGAUCGUACCUCUGGCCGUCCUCUUCAAAGCCACGCUAAGACACCAUUUAUGGCAACGUUCAAAGUCCACAGGGAAAAAACGGUCCAUCUUGAUGAUGAUGGUAACGAUGUUGAAGAAGCUCACGAUGUCACUAAAGCUGUCGACACUUGGCAGGCUGCUAUCUUCAAAGUUGGCGAUGAUUGUCGCCAAGAUGUCUUGGCAUUACAACUGAUCGCCAUUCACAAAACAAUGUAUGAGAGCAUGUGUGUGGAUCUCCACCUCGUACCUUACAGAGUUACUGCAACGGCACCUGGGUGCGGAGUAAUCGAUGUGAUUCCCGAUGCAACCUCCCGUGACGAGAUGGGCCGAGCAAAGAUCAACGAUUUGACUUCAUUUUUUAUCGGCAAGUUUGGUCCAGUGGAUUCGAUUGGCUUUCAGACGGCACGAAUGAAUUUCAUUCGCUCGAUGGCGGCCUAUUCGGUGAUGUGCUAUCUGAUCCAAAUCAAAGAUCGUCACAAUGGAAACAUUAUGAUCAAUGGACAGGGACAUGUUACGCACAUCGAUUUUGGUUUUCUAUUUGACAUUGGCCCAGGCGGGAUCAAAUUCGAGCCGAACUCAUUCAAACUGACGGGCGAGAUGAUUGCCCUGAUGGGUGGACAGAACUCGGCCGGGUUCCGAGCUUUCCAAGAAUUGGUCAUCAAGGGCUUCUUGAUCUCCAGACCGUUCUUCAAGGAGAUCGUCACCUGCGUCAAGUUGAUGAGCGACACUCAGCUCCCGUCUUUUAAGGGCGAAUCAACUAUCACUAAAUUCAUCGAGCGCUUUAAACCUAACUUGUCUGACCGGGAGGCCGCCGUGUUCAUGCAAUCCGUUAUCUCCAAUGCUAAACAAAACGGUCUUUCUUUGUUGUAUGAUGAAUUUCAAUGGGUGACCAAUGAAAUCCCUUACACUCAGAAAGAUUGGAUAACAAGACCUAGUUGAAAAAAGAGGAAAGAAGAAGAGCAACACAUGGAAACAGACCGGCUUUUGUCAAGUUGAUCUGCUACUUUCCAUACACUCCAAGCUCUGGCAUAUUUUUCUUUAUCUUACAUUUGAGAUUUUCAAGCUCUAUUCCUCAUGGACUCGAUGGCUUUUUGUGCGUUUGUAUGUGAGUGUAUGUGUGAAUACAGAAUUGAAUUAGAAUCAAAUCAAGUCAAGAAGAAUCAUUAAAGGACAUCCUACAUAGAACCUAACUUAUUUUUUUCACACUUAAUCUCUUCACUCCUUUUAUCUCAAUUAAAUUUCUUUCGUCUUUCAUGUUUCUCCAGUUCAUUCAUUCAUUUUGUUGGUUAUACUCUGCAGUCACCUGUCUUUUUUUUCUCUGAUCAGAUUACACAGUUGUGCUUUGCAAUUUUAUCAUGUUAGAACCUUUCCAAAUAUUAGUGUUGGA